AUGAAUCCCACAAGUUUCACUCGUUCGAGCACUGCAGAGGAUCCAGAGAACUUCAUUGAAGAACUAAAAAAGGUGUUUGAUGUGAUGCAUGUUACUGAUACUGUGAGAGUUGAGCUAGCUACAUAUCAGAUGAAAAAUGUUGCUAGGACUUGGUUUGAUCAGGGGAAAGGGGGUAGAGCUGAGGAUACACCACCUGCGAGGAAUGAGUCUGGGCAACUGAAGAGUAAUGCCAACCGGUCAUCACUCCAACAGAAACAGAAGGUCCCUGGUCCAUCAUCUACUAGUGCACCUGCACCUAAGAACAAAGAUUGUCCAAAGAACCAGCAAGAAAAUGGUAAUGGGGGCAAUAAAGCCCAAUCUUCGUCAGUUGCUCUACCAGACUGGGCUUCACCUAGAGGAGCUACUUUCGGUAUUGGCGGAUGA